AUGACCACUCAAGCAGCCCCCCUCGGCCUCGGAAAUGACCCCCUCGACCCCAAUAGACUUGCACUCAGCAACGGACUGCAACAGGGAGACUUUUACAUUGGUCCUAUGAUACCACCCGUGAAUGCCACUCCGGUGCAAAGCAUCACUGAGUAUUUGGCCAAACGAGACGACAACUCAGACACAUUUGUGACACUUAAAGUUCUCCAAGUGAAUCGGGAGAGGGAUGGGGAAGUGAGUCAAGGGAAGCUACUGUUGCAUAAUGAACAUCUGGUGCUCUCACUGCUGCAAGAUCAACCCGGUGUUAUCCAUCAUCAAGGCUUCUUCAAGGACAGUGGACGAUUUAUUCUCGUGUUGGACUGCCUCAUUGCUCACUCGUACGCUAAGGACGAUGCGUACACGGACUUUGUCAACCUGCAGCAUUACGUCAUCAAGCAGAAACGGCUGGAGGAGAAGGAAGCUUUAGAACUGUUCUAUAAUGUCCUAUCCACGGUCGGAACACUCCACAAAAAGAACAUUGUUCACCGUGACUUGAAGCUGGGAAACCUUGUCCUCAACACAAGAACUCGCUCUGUGACCCUCACCAACUUUGCUCUGAGCAAGCAUCUUGUUCGUAGCAAUGACAAGUUGACCGACCAGAGGGGAAGUCUGGCCUACGUCAGUCCUGAUGUGCUGAGCGGGCGCCCGUAUGACGGCAAGGCUAGUGACAUGUGGGCGCUAGGGGUGCUCUUAUACACCAUGCUCUAUGGUCAGUUUCCCUUCUAUGAUAGCAACCCUCAGGAGCUCUUCAAGAAGAUCAAAGCAGCAGAUUACAUCAUCCCAGAUGAUGGUGUUAUGAGGAUGAGAGAGACCACUCUGCUGAUUCGUCAGUUGAUAGAGAAGGACUAUCGACAGCGACUGACAGCUGCUCAAACACUUGACAUUGUCCACAAAAGACUCUCUAGAUUGUCCACACAUCAUGUGACUGAGCAUGCCCAGGUGGUGCCAGACUCUGUGGUCCAUUCCAAGACUGACGACUGUAUGGUACCUGACCAGGAGAAUGACCUUUCCCCUUCCCAUACUGCACCCAGUAUCGACAUGAAUGCACUCCAUCUCACGCUGAGUCCAAUGCUCUUUACAGAUCAUCUUCAAUUGCCCGUUCUGAGCACGUCCCCAGUCCAUACGACCCCUGGAUCCCCCUCGAGUAUGACCGGACCCUUUGUACCGUAUGUACUCACUGACUUCCCUCCAUCGCAAGUAGAGAGACCGUCACCACUUUUCUCAACUCAUAAUCCGUUCCUGGGUCAAAGUUCAUCAUCAUUUGCGAGUCCCUCGCCUUCUCGUCUCUCCCCACAAUCGCACUCAAGCAACCCCCCUGACACUCACCCUACCCCCCUCCACUCGUUCCCCCCUCAACCUCUCUUCUGUCAUCAUCGGUAUCCCGUUGCUCUGAACUUGUCGAAUGAGUCUCUCAUACAAAAUGACUCAAGAGGUGAUCGCCAAACAGACCAUCAUGUCAUGAUGACUGUCAAUGAAGCAACUACUCCUACUGGAACGGUUGAGUCUCGGCUCUCUCCCAGUCAGAACCUCAUGGAGGGAUUAGUCACGAUACGUCCUUCCAGACAUUCCUUCUCCUCUGCCAUUGACUCCAUCCCUGCCCCCAUACACAGACACAGCCUCUCUUGUGAGAGACUCCAUCUUGUAGCCACACAUAAUCAAACUCAGAGACAGCGACGGAAUUCCUCGAGUAGUUCUGAUCGUGUGAGGAGGCACUCCAGUCAAACUGUCUCCAUGACUGCUGCAAGCUCAUUGGAGGCCUUAAGACGGCGGAGGAGAUCACACGACGUUAAUGACGAGAGGUCAGAGUUAUUGGAAGGGCUCAGAAUGGCCUCGAACCGGAGGACUCAGUCCGUUCCCAUACGGAUACAAUUAAGCACCCCCACUGUGCCCACUACAACUGGGGGAAACCCCUAAUGAACUAAAUGUGCUGUAUGUUUGUUUUUUUUCAAAUUUCACUGCCUUUUUGUUUUUACUGUUAUGCAUUAAUUGACAAAAUAACAAAGUUCUCAGACUUUCACUGCCUUUGUUUUAUCAUUUUACAGUUGUGCAAAUGCCAAAAGCAAAGUCCCAUAAUUAUA